CCUUUAUUACUUAUUUCCCAAGCCUCGUCUCGUCAUCAUAUAAAACAUUGGACAGCACCGUAUAAUCGUGGUGUACAAGCGUUCCUUCCAUUGGAUUCAUUUGUUUUUAGCAUGUCGUAGGAUCGAUUCCCGCAGAAGCAAAAUUAAAAAAAAGGUUAGGGAGAUGAAUAAAGAAUUGCCAUGAUUAAUGGGGUUUAUGUUAGGACCAUAAAGAGGAGGGGACCUGCGCUUCCGAAGGCUUAUGUUUCGUUUUCGUUAAUUAACAGAAUGAUGAAGUGAGAGCAUUUAUCAGAGAGACAGAUUCUAUUCCUCAGAGAUGAGUACCUGCAAGUUCAUAAAAUGUGUGACUGUUGGAGAUGGAGCAGUCGGCAAAACCUGCAUGCUUAUCUCAUAUACUAGCAAUACUUUUCCUACUGACUAUGUGCCAACAGUUUUUGAUAACUUUAGUGCUAAUGUUGUGGUGGAUGGCAACACAGUCAAUCUUGGCCUUUGGGAUACAGCAGGUCAAGAGGACUACAAUAGGCUGAGACCUCUGAGCUACAGGGGAGCAGAUGUCUUUCUUCUAGCAUUUUCUCUCAUUAGCAAGGCAAGCUAUGAGAAUAUCACAAAAAAGUGGCUUCCUGAGCUGAGACAUUUUGCGCCCGGUGUUCCAAUAAUUCUUGUUGGGACAAAAUUAGAUCUUCGGGAUGACAAACAAUUUUUUGCUGACCACCCUGGUGCUGUGCCAAUAAGUACAGCUCAAGGGGAAGAGCUGAAAAAGCAGAUUGGUGCUGCUGCAUAUAUAGAGUGCAGUUCGAAAACACAGCAGAAUGUAAAAGCUGUCUUUGAUGCAGCCAUCAAGGUGGUGCUUCAACCACCCAAGCAGAAAAGGAAAAAGAAAAGAAAAUCUCAGAAGUCUUGCUCAAUUCUGUGAUUUGCAAAUGAUUGGGAAGCAAGGUAUAUAUGGUUUUUUCAAUUUAUGUGAUGCAGAAUGGUUACGUGGCAACAUAGAAUACAUGAAUCUUGUGAUUUUGCUGUUCAAACAUGAGCUCUCUAAUAGAUUUGGCAAUAUGUAUUUGUCAUGAGAGCUCAAUGACAAAUCCUAGUGGUCCAUGGCACCUACUUUUGUAUGGUAGCACAUGCAUGGAGUGUAAACUGUAAUUUACUUUUCUAAUGUGAUUAUUUUUAUUGAAUUCUAUACUUAUGAUAAAGUUCUGAAUUUCCAUGGUGGUUUUGUCACCUAAAACACCAUGGCGCAGGCAUAGCAUUAUUAUUUUUAAAACUCCAGCAACCACCAGUUAUAUAUUUUUAAGGUUAUUGGUGUAAGGAAUUGAAUCUCUCAAGUCAUUUAUAGGUACAUUGUUGACCAGAGUGAAGAGGGAGGGAUUCUAUUCAUGCAAACAAUAUAAUCAUUGUUAUAAAUUGUAUGAUUUACAGCUUUUCAAUUCAAGUGAAUGAAGUUGUAUUUUACCAGAGGUGAA